UGUUGCGAAUCGCUUCACAUCUCACAUCACCAUCAACCGCAAGUUUUCGUUUACGUACGUUUAGUUUAUCUUAAAUACAUGCUGAUUCAUACACGUACUCUUACCUCUACCUAUAUAUGAGGUAAUUAACGCGUUUACAAGAGUUUCCAGGCUGGAAGAGAGAUAGGUUUAGGUACCCGCACCUUGCACCUGUGUGCGAUUUACUAUAGGUAGUUGGAUACUUACUGGUGGUACAGGUAUCUAGGUACCUACUUGUCUCUUAUAUGUGUUUGGUUUAGUGUUGUGAAAAAUAAUAUUACCUAUACGUAUAAAAAUAUUAUUUGGAAUGUUGUUGUGGUGAUUCGCGAAUUGUACGCUUGACGCGAUGUACUAUCGAGUUUCGAGUUUUUUGGCGCUAUUUUUCGCUAUUUUGUACGUGGCACGAGGCGAUUAUGCGAAUUACGUGAGAAGAGGAAAUAAACUGGAGCUUGUAAUGGAACCGGUUUCGUCGACAAUCGAGCCCGUGUCUAUUUAUAAACGUGGACCGAGAAAUCAUCACAAUUACGACGACACGUCCAAAUACGACAAAAAUAUUUUAUUAACUGUUUACAACGUGAACGAGAAAAGAGUUAAACAAGACCGACAGAUAUCCAAUAUUAACGAUGGGAAACAGUUCGUCAAGGUCGAACCAGUCAAUUAACCAUAGCUCAUCUUCUUCUACACUGGCUGCGUAAACGUAAACCAUUCAUAAUGCACCACGUAGUACGUGCCAAUCAAUUGUCCCUUCUCUCUUCACCUACAACAAAACAAUUACACUUAUGUACAUCGCAUUAAGCAUAUGCUAAAGAAUUCGGUAAAUUGCUACAAGGACACUUUUCAUCGGUGUAGAGGACCUGAUAAGUGAUAACAAAAAACAAAACAACGGUUCUUUUUAUGGUGUAAAAAAUAGAUACAUACUUAUACAUAAUAACGUUGUUACUCAGGAAUUAUUCGUAUAUUCUACAUACAUAAUAUAAACGUGGAUUAUUUUAAGGCGUAGGAGUAUGCCACUAGUUGCCAAGAUGUACUCGUAAUUUUAACUGCAUUAUGCAUACGUUUGUUUAUUUUGUUGUCCUACAUAUAAACGAAAUAGGAAAAAUGUUAGCUCGUGUGCUUGUACCUACGUAAUUGCACGAACGUUGCAAAAAUAACUCAAUACAUAAACGUUUGUUGUUAUGAUUAAACACAAUGUAGCCUACCUUUACCUACACGUAUGAUAAACUUAGUCUAAUAUGAUUUGUGAUCACUAUGUAAAUGUUAACCAACUGUUGCUCGAAAUAAAUUUUUGUUAUUUUUACAA